GUGUUGUGCAUCGUGUUGAAUAGAGUGAGUCUGCGUCUCGCCUGCCGGACUCUUCCUGGUUUGCGCUCUGGAUCCGCCGCUGUCAUCACAAGAGCUCGUCUGUCUCUCUCUCUCCAGUGCUUACGGUUUCGACGCGCUCCUUCUUCUUGUCGCUUUAUUAUAAUGGAGAAUUACCUGCUCCUGUCUCCCUGAGGCGCGUUUCUCUGCGCCAGACACAUCUGAGAUCUUGGUUUGUGGUGUUUCUUUCUGAUCUGACCAGAAAGUUCCUUCGACCAAAAUACUGCUGCUGCUGAUAGAUACACACUUAGCGUGCUGCAGGUAUGGGCUUCGCGGAGGACCUGUGGUGCCCUCAGGGUCACGCCGCUCUAAUAAAACUACAAGACUCUGAGCUGCGUUUGAUGGAGGUAAUGAAGAAAUGGAUGACGCAGAGGGCCAAGAGCGAUCGCGAGUUCUCCGUGCAGCUGCAUCAGAUGUCAGCCAUUGUUGAGAAGCUGGAAGGAUCUCAGCCCGGAGGAGGUCUCGACUACAUCAGCCAGUUCAAUAAGUCGUGGAAUGUGCUCGUCAGUCAGACGGAGAGCCUCAGUCGUAUCAUGCGCAAGCACUCGGAGGACCUGAUGGUGGGACCCCUCAGCAAACUCACCCUCCUCACCCGGGACAAGCAGCAGCUGAGAAAGACUUACGGGGAACAGUGGAACCUUCUCAACCUGGAGCUGUGCAGGGUCACCCAAACUGAGCUGGACCGGCUCAAGUCCAGUUACAGACAGCUAGUACGGGACGCGACACAGGCCAAAAGAAAGUACCAGGAAGCAAGCAAAGACAAAGAACGUGAGAAAGCGAAGGAGCGCUACAUCAAAGCCACUCUGAAACUGCAUGAGCACCACAAUGAAUAUGUGCUGUCGGUGAAGGCCGCGCAGGUGCAUCACCAACUCCACUACGGCCAAAGCCAGCCUGCCCUACUAGGAGCCCUGCAGACGCUGCAGGAGGAAAUGGUGCUUAUUCUGAAGGAGAUUCUACAGGAGUAUUUCGAUCUGUCUAGCGUGCUUCAUGAUGAGGUGGUUAGUGUUCACACUGAAAUGGCCAAUGCCCUGAAAGCCAUCCAGCCACAGAGAGAGUAUGAGAACUUCAUACAACAGAACAGGUCGAGAGGAGAGGUUCCUGCAAGUGUGGAGUUUGAUGGCAGUUUGUUGGAGGAUGCUGAAGAUCUGAAGCCUGAAGAUCUGAAGCUCAAUGAGCUCACAGUAGAGGGAAUCCAGCAUCGGCUCACCGCUGUGGAGGAGGAGCUCCUGGGUCUCGCUAGUACUCUUGGUUCUCAGCAGGCCAUCGUCAACCAGCUGGAGCUGGAUCUGCAGAAUGAGGAGGGCUCUGGAAACACAGGCCAGAGGGUGUAUCAGUUCAGUAAGCGUAAUGCUCUGGAGGACAGCAGACAGCAGGUAGUUCUGUCCAUGGUGGCUCGAGCUCGCCUGGAGGCCCAGCGGAGGCUUCUGGCCGAUAAACUUGAGACUCUGGGAAGCAAGGAGGCUCCACCUAUAGGCCUGGAUGAUGAUCGGAUAUCUGUCACAUCCAGCAACUCAGAGCGUGAUAAAGACCAUAAGCUCCUCAACAUGGAUGUAAUCGUGAGCCAUCUCAGCGGCUUGUUCAAGCCCAAGUAUACGAGUAGUGUGUUUUAUACAUCUCACCAGGUUCCCCCCGCCCUGGCACCGGUGCCUGAGGUGGAGAAACCCUUGACCCAGCAGAGCUGGUAUCACGGUGCCAUCCCCCGUCUGGAGGUGCAGGAACUACUGAAGAAUGAUGGCGACUUCCUGGUACGAGAAAGCCAGGGCAAACAAGAAUACGUGCUGUCUGUGCACUGGGGCGGCCAGUGCAGGCACUUCCUCAUUCAGAGUGCAGAUGGUGUGUAUCGUCUUGACGGUGAUGGAUUUAUCUCUGUACCACUGCUAAUAAAACACCUCAUCAGCUCCCAUCAAACCGUCACAAAGAGGACAGACAUUGUGCUGAAGAGACCCAUCAUUAAGGAUAAGUGGGUGUUGGAACAUGAUGAUGUCAUUCUUGGACAGAGCAUCGGUCGGGGUAACUUCGGUGAGGUGUUCAGUGGGCGCCUGCAUUCAGACAAUACUCCAGUCGCUGUGAAAGCCUGCAGAGAGAAUCUGCCUGCAGAACACAAGAACAAGUUCCUAAUGGAGGCCAGGAUCCUAAAGCAGUACGACCAUCCAAACAUAGUGAAGCUAAUCGGCGUCUGCACACAAAAACAGCCAAUAUAUAUCAUCAUGGAGCUGGUGCAAGGAGGGGACUUUCUAACCUUUCUGCGCACAGAAGGCCACAACCUGAAGACCAAGAUGCUGAUCAAGAUGGCAGAGAAUGUGGCGUCUGGCAUGGCAUACCUGGAAAGCAAGAAGUGCAUUCAUCGAGAUCUGGCUGCCCGUAACUGUCUCGUCGGUGAGGAGAGCGUGGUGAAGAUCAGUGAUUUCGGUAUGUCUCGGCAGGAGCAGGAUGGGGUUUAUUCUGCUGCAGGAGGAAUGAAACAGAUCCCAGUCAAGUGGACAGCACCAGAAGCCCUCAAUUACGGGCGAUACACCACAGAGAGUGAUGUGUGGAGUUUCGGAGUGCUGCUGUGGGAGACCUUCUCCAGAGGAGUCACACCAUAUACCAUCCCGCAUAACAUGAAUAAUCAACAGACCAGAGACGAGGUGGAGAGAGGAUAUCGUAUGCCGGCCCCAAAUAACUGUCCUGGUGAAAUCUAUGCCCUCAUGUGUCAGUGCUGGCAGUACGAUCCGAGAAAUCGACCCUCAUUUCGCAAACUAAAGGCAGAUCUGUAUGCUUUAUAAAUAAAUCCAGUUUGGGUGAGCAUAAGACGUUAAAAAUUUACAAAACUGAACCAAAUGCAAACUUUUCAAUGGUAGCAUAUCCUUACAUCACCUUCUGAGAAGGAAUUUAGCUUUUUUUUCCACUCCAACAAAUAUUCAUUUGGCUGUUGGGGUAAACAGGUCUUAAAUCCAUCAUGCAGUGAGCUGUAUUACUGACACGCGUUGAUCCUGCAGUGCUGCAGUUUUGUCACAUAACUUUGAAUUUACUCUUAAGUUAAAUUCCAUAAACAAUGUUCCUGAAGCUUAAUGCACAGCAGGACUCUGAGGCACACAGGUGUGAAUAGGCGUGUCUGUCUGUUCAUGUGUCUUAUCUGCCCUGGGCAUAAAUGAGACAAAGGAGAAGAUAUGACACAUGACAUAUGACUCACAGACCAACCUGCACAAGGCUUUAACCCUUUGCAUGACAGAAACUGAUUGCAUGAUAUUUUUUGUGCUAUCAUAUGACACUUUUUCAUUUCUGCUGAUCCAAGAUCAGUGUUGCCUAAAAAAGUGAUUAUUGGGACAAGUCACAGAUAAUCCAAGCUCAGCCUAUUAAAUGUGGGUCCAGAACAUUGCUAUAAUCUUAAGAAAACAUCAUACAAUGUCAGUGCACUCUCUGCUCAUUUAAACUUUAUAAAAUCAUUAUUUGAGUGUUUUUAAGGUUGUAUAAAAUAAGCUCAAUAUGGAUUAAUAAAGUGUGAUGUAUGAAAAAAACUAA